GGCCCGCGCGUCCUGACAGCCCGUGGUGGGCCGCGCUCCCCCGACCUGGCCGGCCCGGCCCCUCCGAGCGGGGGAAGCAUGUCCAAGAUGCCGGCCAAGAAGAAGAGCUGCUUCCAGAUCACCAGCGUGACCACGGCGCAGGUGGCCAGCAGCAUUACCGAGGACACGGAGAGCCUGGACGACCCGGAUGAGUCCCGCACCGAGGAUGUGUCUUCUGAAAUCUUCGAUGUUUCCCGAGCCACCGACUACGGCCCCGAGGAUGUCUGUGAGCGGAGCUCCUCUGAAGAAACUCUCAACAACGUGGGUGAGGCUGAAACUCCCAGCAGCGUCUCUCCCAACCUCCUCCUGGAUGGGCAGCUGGCUGCAGCUGCUGGUGGGGGAGCUGCUGUGCCACCAGCAGUGGUCCCAAAUGGGGGGGCCGUGCCCAAGAGCUCUGCCGUGCCCCUGCCGGCUGCCGGUGCUGCCACCGGUGCUCAACCUGCCUUGCCCCCAUCGGGGCCUUCUGCGCCUGCUGCGCCUGGGACAAUGGCUCAGACAGUGGCUGCUGCAUGCAGCUCACGUUUCAGGGUGAUCAAGCUGGAUCACGGAACUGGGGAACCCUACAGGCGAGGACGAUGGACUUGUAUGGAGUAUUAUGACCGGGACUCUGAUGGCAGUGCUGUCUUGGGCAGGACUGGAGAUUGCAUUAGGCACAGCAGCACCUUUGAGCAGGCUGCUCAAGAGAGGGACAGUGGGCUCGGUGCCACAGGGGGUUCUGUUGUCGUCUCAGCUGUGCCAGCGUCGGCACAUGGCCCUGAUUCCAUAGCUGACAGUUCCCUUCCUGCUGUGUCACAGCUGCUCCAGACAGAGAAGAUGAACCAGGCCUCUCUACAGCAACCUAAUUUUGUCAUUGGGCAACAACAGCAGUCGCAACAACCCAUAGGUGGGGCCAUGCCUCAAAGUACUGCUCAGUCUAUGUUUUCUGGAGCUUCAGUAGCAAAUCAGCAGAUAAUGGUGCCACAGCAAUCACAGCCACAGGUAAAUACGCAGAGCGUUGCGCAGGCUGGACCCAAUGGAAAAGGCAUAGCACCUCCAAAUGUAACGAUGGGCCAGCCAAGCAUUCCUGCGGCACAGCAGCAGGCGCAGCAAGCGAGCGUACCAGUGACUCAGCCUCAACAAUUUACUUAUUCUCAAUCCCAGAUUCCACCGGUGCACCUACUGCCAACGCAACCUUCUGGUCAGUCUGAAUACAUGCAGCACAUGACAAUUAUGCAGCCGCAAGGAGCUAUUCAGCAGGCUCCUGCAGGCUCUGUUCCAAGUACGGCAGCCUCCACCCUGCCUGUGGGACAGGUGGCUGGCCUGAGCCCUUCACCUGGGGGAGCACCGGUGAUGGGGGUGCCAGCGCAGCCAGGUGAAGCAGUUGCACAGGGAUCAGGAAUUAUGCAAAGCGGCCAGACGCAGGCUGGUCAUACUGCUGUCCAGCAGCCAGGAGGUGUGGUGCAGCAAGGAAUUGGGCAUGCAGGGGUUGUGCAACAGAAAUCUGUGACUCAGCAUCAAAUGAGUGGAAGCAGUCAAGUGUCUGGAAUGCCUGGUGCUCCCCAUGCCGUGGUUUCUGGAGUUCAGAACGUGCCUGCAGUUGUGCCCGGUACGAGUGUGCCUAGUGUGUCUACCACUUCUGUUACUAUGCCAAACGUCCCUGUUACUCUGGUUCAGUCACAGCUGCCUAGCCACACUUCUGUCAGCAGAAGUACCGGUGUUGUCCAGCAGCAGCAGCAGCAUGUCGGGCACUCCUUGAUACAAGGUGCACCUAAUGUACCUACAAAUCUGUCACAGUCGAACCUCGGACAGUUUCAGGCUCCUGCUCAAUCUGUAGUAGGCCAGAUUGAUGAUACUAGAAGAAAAUCGGAACCCCUACCUCAGCCACCACUUUCUCUUACAGCUGAAAUUAAACCUCUUGUGAAGCCUCCUGUUCCAGACACUCUAGCAAAUCCUCUUCAGUUACCUGCAAGUACUCCCAUGAACAGUCUUGCCAGCUCUGUGUUUGGCAUAUCUAUUCCUGUUGAUGGCGAUGAAGACAGGAAUCCGUCAACUGCAUUCUACCAAGCGUUCCAUUUCAACAAGUUACGUGAGUCAAAGACCUUCUGGGAUAGGUAUGAAUGCUUCAGUAUGGGAUGCAUACAUGCUGAGGUAUGCAUGAACAGCUUUGCUCCAUGCAAGUUUCUCGUCAUUUCAUUUGUGCGGAAGUGUUGCUUGUUUUCAGAGCUUCGUAUUGGACUUCUGCAGCUUAGAAGUCUGAAAGCAGUCAUGGAAGUGAGAUAUUUGUAUGUAAGCUUGAAAUGAACAAGUCUGAAAUACUCUGACUUUUUUUCCUCCUUCCAUUAUGCAUGCAUCAAACAUAAUGUGCAACUGAAAGAGUUUCAUGCUAUCAGCUGUUAGCUGGCAUUCGCUAAAAUGUUUGCAGCUUCCUUUUCCCCAGAGAAAGGAAACUGUCGCUGUGGCUCUUUAAAUUCUAUCUCAGAAAACAAGGUGUGAAAAUGGUGUAUUUAAACACAAUUUUGAUGAAGCUGAAAUGUUUUGGGCUCGGGGCAAGGGAAGGAAGCUUUGUGGCUUGCAUGUAUUGUGCUUCAGUUAAGCUGGGUGGGUAACAAACGUGACCCAUCACAAGAGGCGAGGAGGGAUUAAAGCUGCUGUGUUGGCAUUGAACUCAUGGCGAGAAACUGCAAUGAGGUGCAACAAAGGCAUAUUUGCUGUAGACGUGGCUUGUCAGAGAUGCAUUACUAAUUCAUCAGUAGCUGCGAGCUGCUUCUUCCCCACACUUAAAUGAUUUUUAAGGUUUAUUUUUUUGUCAGUGUUAAGUCCUAGCGAUUGUGACUCCGUGCCUUGUGAUGCUCUGGCCUGUCACAACGCUUCUGCUUAGCAAGCUUUGUGAAGUGUGGAUUUUGUUCAGUUAUGAGCAUUGAUAACGAUGUCAUCAUUGUAAGAGCUGUGCUGGACUUGAGAAGGCUCCUCACCUCACCAAAACUUAACCAAAUCCUUCCAAGUUUGCUUGGCAGUAGUUUGUGUACAGUGCGGUACUAAUGCAUCCUGCUGGGCUGUGUUGAAGUUCUGGCAUUGGGCAGGGUUUGAAAGGCACGUGUCCUUGUUGGGUGGAGCUGUGAAGAGCAGUGCUGUGUUAAGCACGAGGUGUGUGGGGCUGUGUUGGCGCUGGGUUCAGGGUGGCCUUUAUAGCAGUGAAACAAACGGCAGGGACUUGCGUCAAGAUUUGGCACUGCAGCCAAAAAUACACUUAGAGGUUUAUCCUUCGCUUGUUUCUCUGUUUUGGUGUCUCUUUAUUUGAAACCAUUAAUUCUUAAGAUGUGGAAGCAGAUUAAAAAACAAAAAAGCAACAAAACCAACGAGAAUUGUUUGCAAUUAAGAUGCAGGCUUCACAAAUCCCAGGUUAGUGUAUAAUGUCCAAAACAAGUACUGGAAAUGUGGAAUAUAGAAGUGUUGACAAAAAGGAGGUUCGGCGAUGUAAGUGCUUUCUUGUGGAGGUAUCAUCCUCCUAUCCUUGCAGUUGAGCAUUUCCUGAUAGAAGUAAGCAUUCUUUUGAAUUCCUCAGGAUGCCUGUUUCCCUGUUCUGAAGUGUAGGGGCUCCCAUGCUGCACAACAUAAGCCCCAGCAGGCUUCUGAAUUGCAUUCUGCAGCUCCUUCAAAACUAGUUUGUGAACCUCGGGAGUUCGGUAGGGGAUGAUCUCCCCGUGUAACAGUAAGUUGUUCUGCUCUGCACAAACAGAGGCUCUCCUUGUGUGAGCAGCCAUCUCUGGGGGCUGUUUGAGCCCUGCAAAGCUAACCACACGCUGUCAGAAUAGGCACUAAAAUAUUGCUAAACAUCAAGUGAAACAGGGAUGGGUAUUUUUCAUUGACACGCUGUGGCAGGGAAGGAGCUGAGGGCAUUCAGCCAUUGAACGACAGUGAAAUACUCGUUAUUGAGAUGCUCAUGAAAAGUGUGCAGGUGCCUUCCCUGCUUAAUUCUGGCAUGGUGUUGCUCAGAGCUCGGUGCAGUGCCCAUCUGGUGCCAGUGCAGAGAAGGUUGAGAAGAGGAAUAGAGGCUUUUUUGGCAUUUUCUCGUGAAUCUGGAUGAUGACUCUUCUGUGAAUUUUCUCAGGGCAGCACUGGUAGUGUAGGAUCUUCAGGUGGGUUUUGAAAACAUAGCCAUUAUUUUUGGUAAACUUGAAUUCCAGGCAGUAUGAUUAUGCUUCCACUGCGUAUUUGUAUGAAAGAUUAAACUUUCACAGUGUAAGUUGACAGGAUGUGGAUUUUUCUCAUCAUGUGAGCAGUCAGAGGUGUGUACUUUGCAUGUUGCUGCUAAACAUCCUUCUCAUGGGAAAGCAGUGAGUUGGAUGAGGUCUCCCCCACGGCAGGCUGUGCUGAACUUCUCUUCGCCAUGCUGCAGCUGUCUGUCAGAUGAGGUGCUCCUCUUUGAGGGAGGCCCGUGUAACAUCUCGUGCUUUGAUUGCAGCCUUAUUGGUGAUUGCUUUCAGGUGGAGCUUUCCUGAUUUGAAGUUAAGUCUUUAUCUGAAAUUAUUUUUAAAAAUAACAAAAAUAUCAGGACCACGUUUCUUUCUGACGUUGGCUUCUCGUGGUAGGCGUGGGCAAUGUGAGUACCUUCAUACACAGGGGGAAAAAUGGUUUAUUUUGUUAGCAUAGCUUGAUCUUACCAGGAUUACAAAGGAGCCAUGGUGCACACGCCUGCCCAAACCUCAAACCGAUUCAACUGACCCAGGUCUUGUUUUUCCCCUAAAGAGUUCAGAUAUUUCAUAAAAACUUGUGCGUUGCCUCUGAGAUCAGUUCUUAUGUUGUAUUGAAUAAACUGAUCUUCAGAGCUUCAUGUAAAACUGUAGAAAGUUUGCUUGUCCUGGGGAAUCAGGUACUUGUUUGAUAGCCAGCGACAGUGUGGCUUCAGUAGAGCUGCAGCAGAAGGCCGGCACCUGAUGUACCCCUGGGCAGGGAGUUCAGCCCCCCAGGGAUGCCCUGGGCAGCCCGUCCCAGUGUCUGACCACAUCCUAGGGAGAAUCCUACCCACAUGCAACCAGAACUGCCCUGGUGGAUCUUGAGGCCAUUCCCUCGCACCCUGCAGCUUGUCACUGAGGAAGGAGGUAGGUGCCCACAUGGGUGCGGCCUUCUGUAGUGAGCGUGGGGGGCGCUGAAGCCACCUCCAACCCAAACUCUGCCUCUGCCCAUGAGCUGUGUUUUCCAGUUCCCUCACAGCUGUGCUGCUCUUCUCUGUAUGUGCUUCAGCAGCCCAGCAUCCUUCUUGCAGUGAGGGACCCCUGAACUGGGUGUUUGAGUAUUUGAGUAUUUGAGAUGUGGUCCCACCAGGGCUGAGAACAGGCAUGGUCCUGCUGGCCGUAGUAUUUCUGGCACAGACCUGGAUGUUCCUGGCCACACAGGCCUGCCGCUGGCUUUGUGUUCAGGCAGCACCCCUAGCUGCAGUGCCCCCAGCUGUACUGCUGCCUGGCUUUAACUCCAUCUGCAGCGACCUGGGCCCAGCCAUGCAGAGCCGGGUUUCUACCUGGUGAACAGGAGUCUGUCCACAAGGCAGUUUCUCUUGGAGAAGUUCUGUGGGAAAUAACAUCAGUGCUGUGCUGAAGUCCAAGAAAACAACUUCAGCAGCCUUUCCUCAUCCAUGAAGGGGGUCACGUUGUCACAGAAGGAGAUGGAGCUAGUCAGGUAGGACUUGCCUUUCACAAAUCCACACUGACAGGCUCUGAUCACCUGCUUGUCCUGUGUGUGUGGUGUGAUGGCACUCAGGAUGAUGUGCUGCCUGACCUUUUCUAGUGUUGACUUCCCUCCUUCUGCCAUAUUGAUUGUCUGCUAGCUGCUUAUAGAAUAUUUGUCUGCUUCUUUGCCCUGGUUGGAUUGUCCAUAACAAACUCCUACCAUAGUAUCCUUCCCCUGCUUCUUACCCAGAGGCAUUCAACCCUUUCAUCACUGUGAUCAAGCUCCAUGCGCUCCAGACCUUCCCUGCCUCACCUCCUCUCCUUUCCUGCCCUGCUGAGUACCUGAGCCGUCCAUCCCAAUGCCCAGCAUCUUGCUGAGCCUGCGCCUGUCGUACCAGAGUGCUGAGAUGAGGCCAGGAGUUCCAUUGGUCCCUGCCUGUUUCCCACACUACGUGCCUUUGUGUAAGGGUGUUGAAGUUGGGCCUGUGUCACAUGGAGCAAUUCUCUUAUUGAACACUCGGUGUUUUACUUAUGGAAUGCAGGCUUUGAUGGUUUAGCAAGGAAGGCUGUUACUUUCUCAGUCUCAAAAGCUGAUUCCCUCUUUGUAUAGAGAUCAGCGGUGGUGUUCCUGUGAGCCUGGGUUAAAUGGACUUGUCCAAAGAGCAGUGUAUUCUUCCAGCAGCUGGGCUUGGUUUCCUGUGUGUAACUAAUAUUUCUGAGCGUGCUGCUGCUACUCACUGUAGAAAGCAACAAGCAGGUUUUCCUUACAGUGUGAUUUCAGUAUGUGUUACAUAUUUGUGAAGAGGUAAGUUUCCCAGCCUGGCUGCAAACCUUGCCUUUUCCUGCACGCCAGCUUUUUGUGCCGUGGCUGCGCCGCGCUGAUAGCAGCUCGCUCUGUGGGCAGCGUGUUGG